CUCGCCGCUAAGAUGGCGGCGGAGCAUCCCGAGCCUCCUAAAGGUGAGCUUCAGCUGCCGCCGCCUCCGCCGCCGCCGCCUCCGCCUCCCCCGCCGCCGGCCCCUUACGGCGCCUGGGCCGCGCCCGAGCUGCAGGCCAAGCUGGCGGAAAUUGGAGCCCCGAUCCAAGGAAGCCGAGAGGAGCUGGUGGAGAGACUGCAAACUUAUACCCGGCAGACGGGCAUCGUGCUGAAUCGGCCAGUUUUGAGAGGCGAGGAUGGAGACAAGACUGCCCCCCCUCCUCCGAUGGCAGCACAGCUCUCUGGAAUCCCCCUGCCUCCUCCACCUAUGGGGCUCCCCCCACUGCAGCCACCGCCGCCGCCGCCGCCGCCACCACCAGGUCUAGGACUUGGUUUCCCCAUGGGAGUAGGACCACACCCCCCAAAUUUGGGGCCCCCACCCCCCAUGCGAGUAGGUGACCCCGUGGCCCUGUCGGAGGAGGAGCGACUGAAGCUGGCCCAGAAGCAGGCCGCCUUGCUGAUGCAGCAGGAGGAACGGGCCAAGAUGGUGCGGGACAAGCAGGCAGCCGUGUUACUGGAACAGGAACGGCAGCAGGAAAUGGCCAAGCUGGCUUCCACGGUCCCUCGGCCCUCUCAAGACAUGGGCCCCAUUGGGGCUCGGCCCCCAAUGGCUCCUCGAGUUGCAGCUCCUGUAGGUCCCCCACCCCCUGGUGUCCCCAUUGGGGCUCCAGGCCCCCGUCCGCGGGGCCCCCCACCUCCUCCAGGAGAAGAAAACAGAGAGACGGACGACCCCGGCGUGGGGCCCAAGAUCCCUCAGGCCUUAGAGAAGAUCCUGCAGCUGAAGGAGAUUCGACAGGAGGAGCUGAUAUCAGUGCAUGAUGAAGAGGACAUGGAGACAGACACAAGAUCGUCCCUGGGGGUCUCGGCUUCUGAGACCGAGGAAGACACAGCGUCUUUAUCUAAGAAGGAGAAAAACCGAAAGCGACGGAACCGCAAGAAAAAGAAGAAGCCCCAGCGUUCGGCGUCAAACCGUGCCACCGCCUCUGGGAGUCCAGGGGGCCGCGAGAAAGAGGCGUCGCGCUCCCGAGGCGCGGACUCACCUGCUGCUGCGGUCGAGAUUGAGUAUGUGACGGAGGAGCCCGAGAUCUACGAGCCCAACUUUAUCUUCUUUAAAAGGAUCUUUGAAGCUUUCAAGCUGACUGAUGAUGUGAAGAAAGAGAAGGAGAAGGAGCCGGAGAAAUUGGACAAGCUGGAAAACCCUGCGGCCCCCAAGAAGAAGGGUUUUGAGGAGGAGCGAAAGGACAGCGACGACGACGACAGCAGCGACGACGAGCGGGAGAAGAAACCCGAGGCUCCCAAACUCUCCAAGAAGAAAUUGCGGAGGAUGAACCGGUUUACUGUAGCUGAACUGAAACAGCUGGUGGCACGGCCAGAUGUGGUGGAGAUGCACGACGUGACGGCCCAGGACCCCAAGCUUUUGGUGCACCUGAAGGCCACGAGGAACUCGGUGCCAGUGCCGCGCCACUGGUGCUUUAAGCGCAAAUACCUGCAGGGCAAGCGGGGGAUUGAGAAGCCACCUUUUGAAUUGCCAGACUUUAUCAAACGGACAGGAAUUCAGGAGAUGCGUGAGGCUCUGCAGGAGAAGGAGGAACAGAAAACCAUGAAGUCCAAAAUGCGAGAGAAGGUCCGACCCAAGAUGGGCAAGAUUGACAUUGACUACCAGAAACUACACGAUGCCUUCUUCAAAUGGCAGACCAAGCCGAAGCUGACGAUUCACGGGGAUCUUUACUAUGAGGGGAAAGAGUUCGAGACUCGGUUGAAGGAGAAGAAGCCAGGAGAUUUGUCUGACGAGUUGAGGAUUUCCUUGGGGAUGCCAGUUGGACCAAACGCCCACAAAGUUCCUCCCCCCUGGCUGAUUGCUAUGCAGCGUUAUGGACCUCCCCCUUCCUACCCCAACCUGAAGAUCCCCGGUCUGAAUUCUCCCAUUCCUGAGAGCUGUUCCUUUGGUUACCACGCGGGGGGCUGGGGCAAACCUCCCGUGGAUGAGACUGGGAAACCGCUCUACGGAGACGUGUUCGGAACCAACGCAGCAGAAUUCCAGACUAAGACAGAGGAAGAGGAGAUCGAUCGAACGCCUUGGGGGGAGCUGGAGCCUUCAGACGAGGAGUCCUCAGAGGAGGAGGAGGAGGAGGAGAGUGAUGAAGAUAAGCCCGAUGAAACGGGCUUCAUCACCCCCGCAGAUAGUGGUCUCAUCACCCCUGGAGGCUUCUCGUCAGUCCCAGCUGGGAUGGAGACGCCUGAACUCAUCGAACUAAGAAAAAAGAAGAUUGAAGAGGCCAUGGAUGGCAGCGAGACCCCCCAGCUGUUUACUGUGCUGCCUGAGAAGAGAACAGCCACGGUGGGAGGCGCCAUGAUGGGUUCCACCCAUAUUUAUGACAUGUCUACGGUGAUGAGCCGGAAGGGCCCCGCCCCUGAACUGCAAGGUGUGGAAGUGGCCUUGGCCCCCGAGGAGCUGGAGCUGGAUCCCAUGGCUAUGACCCAGAAAUACGAGGAGCACGUGCGGGAGCAGCAGGCCCAGGUGGAGAAGGAAGACUUCAGCGACAUGGUGGCCGAACAUGCUGCCAAGCAGAAGCAAAAGAAGCGGAAGGCUCAGCCCCAGGACAGCCGCGGGGGGAGCAAGAAGUACAAAGAAUUCAAGUUUUAACCUGCGAGCCGUCGUGGUGGACCUUGCAUUUGGUUCCUGGGGCCCAGAGCCCUCCCGAUUUCAAGGACUCUUGUUCAUUUCCAUGUUCUUAUUUCAGACCGGUUUUGUAAAUAAAGCUCUUCCCUCCGAGGGAAAGGAUGAGUAGAGA